CCCAUGGGCUGCAGUUCCACCAAUAGGUCCUAUGUCUGGGGUCUCCACUGGGCGUCUCCGCAAAAAUCUUUAUCCUCGGGGACUGGCAGCGAGGAAUGAAGAAUAAAUAGGUAUGAGGUUACCAGUGACCGGCCUGAGCGGGCGGCUGUCCAAGUCUAUCUCUUGCUCCCUUUACUUCUGUCUUUCCCACGCAUAAGCUGGAGACUACAAUAUGGCGAAUCCGAUAAGCGUGGCGAAGGAGAAGGACCUUGUCUCUGACGAAGCAAUGCGUAAUGACGAUCUUGAGCAUGCUGCUACUCAUGGCACGUAUCUCAACAAGGAGGAAGCAUCUCACCUUUCCGAGGAACAUCACCAAUAUCUGCUCGAGCGCCAUGGAACAAUCGAUCUUGAUCCCCUUCCCACUAUGGGCACCGCUGAUCCAUACAACUGGCCGCAAUGGAAGAAAAUCAUGAAUGUGCUUUUCGUCGCCUUCCACGCCAUGAUGUGUGCAUUCCCCGCCUCGGCCAUCAUCCCAGCAUACGAGGUGAUAUCCGAAGACCUCGGCGUGAGCAUCCAAAAAGCAUCCUACCUUACUUCUCUGCAAAUCGCAGUCUUGGGCGGCGGCCCGUUGUUCUGGCGACCCCUCUCCACGCGCUACGGCCGACGACCCAUCUUCAUUAUAUCCUUGAUCGGAAGUCUAGUCUUCACCAUUGGCUGUGCCAAAAGCCACACCUACACUACAAUGGCCAUCUGCCGCGCCUUCCAGGCCUUCUUCAUCUGCCCCCCAAACGCCAUCGGCAGCGCUGUGGUCGUCGAGACGUUUUUCCGCAAGGAGCGCGCAAGAUACAUGGGCAUGUGGACCGUCAUGAUCACGCUUGGGAUCCCUCUGGCGCCCCUCAUCUUCGGCUUUGUCACAUACAACCUCGGAUACCGGUGGAUCUACUGGAUCCUCGCCAUGAUCAACGGCGUCCAACUCAUCCUGUACACGCUCUUUGGCCCGGAAACGCGCUUCAUGCGGCACGACAACGCACAGCACGCACAGGCGGGCUUUGCCGCGUACAAGGAAAUGUACCUCAAGUUCCGCCGCAUCGACAAGACGCCCAUGACAGCCUACGAAUUCAUUUCUCCGCUCCGUCUUUUCAAGCACCCGUGCGUCAUGAUACCCGCAUGCGCCUACGCAAUGAUCUUCCUCUUCGCAUCGGUCCUCAUGACGGUCGAGAUCCCGCAGCUGUUUGUGGAGAAGUUCCAUCUGAAUGCCCAGCAGAUCGGUCUCCAGUUCCUGGGCAUCAUUGUCGGAACAGUGAUUGGAGAGCAAAUCGGCGGCCACUCGAGCGACCUCUGGAUGCGCUGGCGAGCAAAGAAAAUGCAUCCGCUGCGCCCCGCGCCAGAGUUCCGUCUGUGGCUCUCAUACGCAGGUAUCCUGCUGAGUAUCUGCGGCGUGGUCCUCUUCCUCGUGCGCAUAGAGCAAGCUCCCCCCGGCAGGUGGAACGUCACGCCCAUCAUCGGGGCGGGCAUAGGCGCAGCUGGAAACCAGAUUGUGACGACGGUACUAAUCACGUAUGCAGUGGACUGUUAUCCCGAGGAAGCUGGCAGUAUUGGUGUAUUCAUCACGUUUGUGCGCCAGAUCUGGGGCUUCUUGGGCCCGUUUUGGUUCCCGGCUAUGUUUGAGCAUGUGGGCAUUGCGAAGAGCGCGGGCGUGGCCACGGCACUUAUUGUCGGCGUGAGUCUGCUGCCUGUUCUUCUUACGCACUGGAAGGGCUACAGGUUGAGGGGCGCAAUGUCGGAGAGCAUGUGA